ACUUUAUUUAUAUUUUGUCAUUUGUAUUUAAAUUAGGCUAAAGGUGGUUAAACUUACUAGAGUAGAAGACAACACGAACAUUCACAAAAGACAAAACUCAAAGCUCAAAACCUAUAACCUAUGUGCACAUGCCCAAAUCCUGUAAAGGGUAAUAACUAAUAACUAAUGUAUAUAAGAAUAAUCCCCAACUAUAUAUAACAAUAUCCUAUAACUUUUAUAUAUACAUAUAUAUAGAGAGAGGGAGAGUAAGAAGUAAGAACACUCUAAUCCAAAGUCUUACAGUUCUCCUCCCACCGUUGAAAUAAGCCAAAGCAUUUAAUACUCUUUACCAAUAUAGUUGGCGAUUUUUUUUUCUUUAUUAUGAAUUGAAUUUCGUAAUUCACAUCUGAAAUUUAUUGUAGUCCCAUCUCUCUUGCCUCUUUCCUUACCUACUCUAUUUCUUUUUUCUUCUUCUUCUUCUUAUUUUUCUUUUGUUUUAUCAUACCAAAAAAAAAAAUUAAAAGAAAGUUGAUUACAGACUGUUUUGAAACAUAGGAUGCUGGUCUACUUCAUUGCUACCAUAUCAUUUUUUUCUUGAUUUUCUUCCUCUUACAAUCAAAUUUCCCCAAAAAAGAUUUCUGGGUUUUCUGGCUAAAACGAUUCUAGACGAUGGGUAAUCGUUUUAUUUGCAUGUCAAAGAAGGAAAUCAAAGAUAAUGGAUCCAGAAGUAAGCGAAUGAAUCGGUCACAGAGGAAAUUAUUAGCUGAUGAAGAGUUCUUGCACAAACAAGCCCUUUCCAUGGCUCUUCAUCAACACCAGUUGUCUCAGAGAUUCGAUGGUUCGAUGUCAAGGAGGAUUGGGUCUACAAGCUCUCGGAGACAUAAUCUAUCAGAAUCAGUAACAAAUGGAAAACUCGCACCUGAAGUUCUUGAGAAUCUUACAACGAAGAAAUUUGUUUUAAUACAUGGAGAAGGAUUUGGAGCAUGGUGUUGGUACAAAACAAUUUCUCUGUUGGAAGAAACAGGAUUGGUUCCCACUGCAUUUGAUCUCACGGGGUCUGGAAUCGAACUAACAGAUACUAAUGCUGUUUGUACACUGGCAGAGUACUCGAAACCAUUGAUUAAUUUUCUACAAAACCUUCCAGAGGAUGAAAAGGUUAUUUUGGUUGGUCACAGUAGUGGAGGUGCGUGUGUUUCAUAUGCAAUGGAGCAUUUCCCACAUAAGAUCUCGAAAGCAAUUUUCCUCUGUGCGACAAUGGUAUCUGAUGGCCAGCGACCGUUUGAUGUGUUUGCAGAAGAGCUUGGCUCCGCGGAACAAUUCAUGGAAGGAUCCAAGUUUUUGAUUCAUGGGAAUGGAAAAGAUCAACCUCCUACCGGAUUCAUGUUUGAGAAAGAGCAGAUGAAAGGAUUAUAUUUCAAUCACUCGCCAACAAAGGACAUUGCCUUGGCUAUGGUUUCAAUGAGACCUGUCCCACUAGGCCCCAUCAUGGAGAAACUGUCACUUUCCCCCGAAAAUUAUGGAAAGGGUCGGCGGUUCUUUAUCCAGACAUUGGAUGACCAUGCUCUUUCUCCAGACAUUCAAGAGAAGCUGGUGAGGGAAAAUCCACCAGAGGGUGUAUUCAAGAUAAAAACCAGUGACCAUUGCCCAUUUUUCUCAAAGCCACAAGCCCUGCACAAAAUUUUGGUGGAAAUUGCUCAAAUUCCAUAGUCCAAAACACCAAAUUAAGAAUAUGCUUUUUCUUUAUUUAUCAUUUUCUUCACCAUAUUUAUAGAAGAACCACCAAAGAUAGUUGAGUUAUUGAAAGUAAGGCCAGGGUUGUAUGUAAGAACAUGGUGUCCCAGGUGUGUGUGUGUGUAGUCAGAUUGAUUUUCUUUGAAGACAAUGCAAGUAUCACACUCAAUGUGGUUAAUCAGAGGUUGAAGAAAUGAAAUUUGUUGUAAAUUUCAUCUAAAUAGAACACUCCCAGUAGACAACUAGCUUAAUCAUCUUUCAAUAAAGAUUUUAUUGAUCGGGAAA